ACUCGAGCCGGCCCUCAUUGGCCGCGCGAGACAUUAUAAAACAGCGAGACCUAUCGCAGCAGAUUUCACCACUUCUCCCCCUCUUCCAUCUUGCCUUGCUCUUGCUCCCGUCCGCUGGCCGUUGCCUUGCGCUUGCGUCUACUCGACCCGGAGUCGUUCUUUCCUUCUUUCAUCGGCUCUACUUCGUUGUCAAGCUCACAAAGCAUCCGUUCCCUCUUUCAUUCAUUCGCCGCCGCCCAUUCUCAUAUAACUUGAAGCCGAAAUGUUUGCCAAGGCCAUCGUCGUCGCUUUCCUUGCUCUUUCGCUCACUGCGAGCGCGGCUCCGGCAGCCUCUUCUGAUUGUACUGUCACGGUCACGGCCCGCGGCGUCGCUUCGUCUGCAGCCCUGGUUUCCACUGGUGGCAAGGGUAAAAGCACGAACAACAACACUGGUGCAGCUGCUUCAGCUGCCAGCGGCUCCGCGGCUAGCACCUCCUCAAACACCGGUAGCCUCCAAUCGUCAUUAACGUUGGACUCUUCGUUGAUUCAGACCGGCUUCAACCAGAACGGUCAGGCUAGUGGAGACCCUGAGGGUGCCGGCCAGGUCGCUGCCAACACCUCCGCGAACAACUUCAUCAACUUCUGUGCGGAGUACGCCAACCUGCCGCUCACAAACGGCACGCAGAUCAAGACCGGGUCAUGUAACGCGGCGCCGAUGGGUGUGAUUCCCGCAACGACCGCGAUGCCCUCCGCCAAGUUCGUCUUCCCCGCCAACCUCGCCACGAUCCCCGCCAACCAGAACUUCACGAUCCAAAUGGCCAUCAAGAACCUUGAGACGGGCAACUUCGUCAACCCGGACACGAACUACUUCGCCGCGCCCCAGGUCAUCAACGCGCAGGGCCUCAUCGUCGGCCACUCGCACGUCGUCAUCGAAUCCAUCCCCUCGCUUGAGACCACAGAGCCCACGGAUCCCCAGACCUUCCAGUUCUUCAAGGGUCUUAACGAUGUCGCGGUCAACGGCAUCCUUUCGACGACGGUUGCCGGCGGUCUCCCCGCUGGUACCUACCGCAUGGCCUCGAUCAACGCUGCUGCCAACCACCAGCCUGUGCUCGUCGCUGUCGCCCAGCACGGUACUCUGGAUGACAUGGUCUACUUCACCGUCUCUGACAACGGCGCCGCUAGCUCUGCGUCUGGUGCUGCCGCGAGUGGUGCUGCUGCGACCGGUGCUGCUGCAGGUGCUACUGCCUCGAGCGCCGUCUCGUCUGCAGCUGCGAGCGCAAGCGCGGCGGCCGCGGGUGGCAACGCCAACAAGGGUGGUGCCGCCGGUGCAGGUGCUGCCGCUGGCAAGGGUGCAGGUGCUGCUGCCGGCAAGGCAGGUGGUGCUGGCAAGGGUGCGGCUGGGUUCGCAGGCAAGGGCAAGCGGUGGUUCGGCCGGGCGUGAGUGCGCGGCUAGCCGUGCAUCGACGUUCCCCGUCCUCUCCUCUUCGUGAGCCCUAGCCCUGUGCCAUACCCCGUCCGAUCUCGUCUGUACACCUAUGUUAUUUGAGUCUGGGCUGGCUCGCUUCGCUUUUUCCUUCGCUUCCCACUUAGUACACUUGAACGUCGACGCAUGCGCGCCUGGUCGGGCAAUGGCCCGGAGCUGUUCGUUCAUCUUUGGCAGAGCUUUCAAUAUACAGGCAUUUUCUGAUGG